UCGGCAAGCCUCAUUCCGAGAAAACGACGUUUGAAAUGACGUCGUGCAAUUUGCGACGAAAUUCAGAUCAAUUUACUCUAGUUUGUCCAAUGUUAGCGUGAAAAGUAUUUAAACAACAUUAAUUUCAACUGACCCAGGUUUUAACGAUGUAAAUUCAAAAUGAAUUGGUUGCGUUUGACCUAUCAACAAUUUCUUUUAUAUGGAUUACUCCCCUUUUACAUUCGUAGGCCAUUCAGUAAUUGAUAAAAUUUCAACCUUGGACGAUUAUCGAUACACAUUUCGAUAAUAUAUGUAUCGUUUCAGUGUGGAUUUUACUGGUUUUCGAUAAAGGACAAAGAUCAAAAGCCACAGAUGCCAUGGUCCACUACAGCUUCGACUACAGCCAACAGGUGUUCUAUCCUCAACAGGCACAGGCAGUGGGUCCGAUGUACUUUAAAACUCCUCGAAAAUGUCAAUGCUUUGGGGUGUGCUGUGAGUCUUCAGGAACGCAGAUAUUUUAUCUCGUUGAUGAGGCCUUUCAGUCCGUUGGAAAAGGGGCCAAUAGUGUGACCUCAAUGCUGCACCACCACUUUAGCCAUCUUGGUUAUGGAGAGAGGAAUGUGGUCCUUCAUAUGGACAACUGUUCGGGGCAAAACAAGAAUAACGCGGUCAUAGGGUACGGCAUGUGGCGGGUUCUUACAGGCCUGCACGACUCUAUUGAGUUCAGCACCAUGGAGGCCGGUCAUACCAAAUUUAGCCCAGACUGGCACUUUGGAUUGUGGAAGGUGCGUUGGAGGAACACCACUGUCAACACCUUGGAAGAUGUUGUGGAGACAGUCAGGCUAUCAUCCCGCAAUGGGCACAACAUUCCCCACCUUGUACAAGAUCCGGAGAAUCCUGUCCAGUUUUACAACUGGACAGAAUUCUUGAAACCAGUAUUCAAGCCAAUACCAAAUCUGCUGUCAUACCACCACUUCAGAAUGACCUCUGACAAGCCAGGCAUAGUGUAUGUGAGGCGAUAUGCUUCGGAUGCUGAGGAGGCUGUGAAGAUCCUGAAGAAAGAUUCUUUCGUUCUGAAUGGAAUGCCCCCCCAACUGGAGCCACUUGGCUUGUCUGCAGAACGCCAGUGGUACCUUCAUGACGAAAUCGCGCCACUCUGUAACUCAUUAUGUGCCAGUACCUGUCCACGGCCAGAUGUACUGAAGCCGACGAAAUAACAAUGAUUUUAAAAUAGUUUCCCUGUUUUAAACAACUUGUUUAUGUAUAUAAUGUAUGGUAACCAUGGAAACCUGACCAUACCUCAUUGUCAACUUCAACAACAUUAGUAUGUUUUUGUAAAACAAUUACAAUGACUCAAUACCAGGUGAAAUGAAAUAUAAUGCAGUGAGACAAGUAAUAUAAUUGAAUUUAAAAUUUAAUAGUUGUGUAUAUAAACUGAAAACAUUAAUUUAAUGUAAAUAUUUAUGUUAAGUCUCUUAGCCUUGGCUCUAUUUUUCAUGCAGUAUGUAAUAUAGUAUAAAUGUAACAGUAAGAAAUUGUUGAUUGCAUUUGAUAACUAAAGAGUGUAGUAUUAUUGCUAUGUUUAAUGUAGAAGAUGGUAAUUAUAACUGAUAUUCAUAUUGUAUACUGUUGCCAUGGUUACAACAAAAUAACUAUGUGUAUAUCAUGUAUUAAUUUAAAAGUCUUUAAUUAAUGAACAAUGUCUCAUGUAAAAUAUAAUUGUUAUUGGAACAGUUUAAAGAAGAAUUUUCAAUUUUAAUACGUCAUGGUUCGCAUAUUAAAUCUUAGCAAGUGUAUUCUAUGUAAUUCAAUUUCGGUUAGAGUCUGUGAUCAAUAGAACAAAUUAAUAGAUAGAACAUGUAUACAAUUAAUUGAUUCGUGUAUUAAGUAACAGUUCUUUGAUAUAUGUAUAUUACUUUCUUGCAUUUUAAGGUGUGAGGAAAUGCUUUGAACUGAUUUUGUAAAAAAAAAUCAAUUAUUUUGAAAUUUUUGCAAAUGGUUGCUAUGGUAACCGAAAUUUGUUUCGUAAUGGUCUUAUAAAUUUACAUUAAUUUAAUAUUAUAAGUUUUGUCCUUGUAAAAGGACAGUGAGUGAGUGAUUUUCCUCUGCAAUUAUAAAUCUAUUGAACCAUAAUGCAAUUGACAUGAAAAUAAAUGAACAGAAUGACAAA